GAUCAAUCGUAAAACCGCACGCUCUGUAACCGCACGAUAGCUUCUUUCUCCGACGAGGUGUGCAGCAGCGUAGACGGACGGAAGCACGGUUUCCGGCGGUAGCACGAUUUCUGUGAUCAAUGGCGGAAAGGAACCACGUGUAGGCACAGUCAUGGGUCUUCCUACGCGUCACAAGAAUUUUUGCUCCUGUUUUCCAGCUUUGUAUUAAUAUAGUAAAUUAAUAACAAAAAGCAGUAUAGGCUAGAGCACUUCAUGAAUAAAGCUUGGAGUUGUAUUCCAUAUGCUGAAACUAUUCCUAUACCAACCUUUUAAGGUCCACGUGAUUGGACAUACUUGAUCCAGUUCUGGUCGUAUGUAUUUUUUAUACGCACUUAUCCUAAUCCUGUUGUGUUACUGCAUGUAGUUCUUGUUGAAAUUUUCUGGUUUCUGAUUAGUGGGAAACUGAACUGAGGUGGAUUUUUUGAUUUGUUUCUUGUGGUCUAGAUUUUCUCAUGGAUGUCAAUCUGAAGUUGGUUAAAGUGGCAGUUAGCCUUUUACUUGUGCUAUGGCUUCCGUGGGAUUUCUGGAAGAAGAGAAGAGAUAUCUGUGUAUUGAAUAAUCAUUCAAUGCGAGGAGAAAAACCUCCCCUCGUGAUCAGGAUAAUUGUUUUAUUGAAUUUUAUGUCCUGCAUUUCUUAUUUGGGGUUCUGUCUUAGUGAGUUUUGGAGAAUUGAGACUGGCCUAAUUGAGAAUGUCUUAUCAAGUGUAGCUUGGCUUCUUGCAUGUGUACUUGCUAUUUAUACAAUGAACAAUGUGCACAAGAAAGUGCCAUUAGUUCUAACUCUCGGGUGGGCUUUUUUAAGUAUUUGUGAUUUGUUGCUUGUCUCUGCUUAUCUCCUGCAUUGUUUUGAACUCAACCAAGUUUCACAGUACCUUCCAAAGCCUGAAAUUAUUGAUUUCGCUUCACUGCCUUUGUCGCUGGUACUAUGUUUCUAUGUUAUGGUUAAUAAUCGUACCCCAAAGAUGAGUAGUUCCACAGAACCCUUGCUUACAAAUCAGUUGCAGAGAGAUCCGGAGCUGAAAUGUAAUAGUGACCCUUUUUCUAGUGCUGGAAUCUGGAGCCAUAUGAUUUUCGGGUGGCUUAAUCCUCUCUUUGUAAAAGGUCACCGCGAAAAACUUCAGUUGGAUGAUUUACCACCAAUUCCUUCUUCAGAAACUGCUGAUGAAGCUUCUAAACAGCUGGAGGAGUGUCUCAGAAAGGUGAAAUCUCAGAACGUCACCCUUCCAAGGGCCAUUCUUAAUGCCAUAUGGAUUCCCCUGGCCACAAAUGCAGUUUUUGCAGGGAUCAAUACCAUUGCUUCCUACAUUGGACCGCUCCUAAUCACAAGUUUUGUGAACUUCUUAUCUGCUGAUGAAAAUGUUAACUGGCACCAGGGUCUAUUUCUUGCAUUGAUCUUCUUCUCUGCAAAGACAGUGGAGUCUCUCACUCAGAGGCAAUGGUAUUAUGGGGCUCGUCGAAUAGGAAUCAGAGUCAGGGCAGCUUUGAUGGCAUUGAUAUACAAAAAGGCUCUCACAGUUAGGUAUGGCGACACAAGUAGUGGCAAAAUCAUUAAUUUCAUCAAUGUUGAUGUUGAGAGAAUAGGAGAUUUCUUCUGGUAUCUCCAUGGUAUUUGGCUGCUGCCAGUUCAGGUUAUCUUUGCUCUGGUCAUCUUGUGUAAGAACUUAGGCGCUGCUCCCUCUGCUGCUGCUUUCCUAACCACAGUACUUGUGAUGGUGAGCAAUACCCCACUCGCUAAUAUGCAGAAAAGGCUCCACGGCAAGAUAAUGGAAGCCAAAGAUUCACGAAUAAAAGCAACUUCGGAGACCUUGAAGAGCAUGAGAGUCCUGAAAUUGCAUGCAUGGGAAUCAACUUUUUUAGUGAAACUGCUUCAACUUAGAGAAACGGAGCGUGGAUGGCUCAAGAAAUACCUCUACACAAGCUCGGCAGUGGCUUUCCUCUUUUGGGCUUCUCCAACAUUAGUAUCAGUUGUCACUUUUGGGGUUUGCAUCAUGUUGGGAACACCAUUGACAUCAGGCACUGUACUAUCUGCUUUGGCCACUUUUAGAAUUCUUCAAGAGCCUAUUUACAAUCUGCCAGAGCUUAUUUCGAUGACUGCUCAGACAAGAGUCUCAAUUGAUCGCGUUCAGAGUUUCUUCAUGAAAGAAGAUCAUAAAGUUUUGCAGCAAAGUCGUACUCUGGUUUCACCAGAUAUCUCCGUUGAGAUUGAGGCUGGUGAAUAUGCUUGGCAGAAUAGAGAUGGUGACAAACCAGCAAUUAAGAUCACAGAGAGACUCACCAUCCCAAAAGGCAGCAAAGUGGCUAUCUGUGGUUCUGUCGGUUCAGGAAAAACCAGUUUUAUCUGCAGCAUACUUGGUGAAAUACCUAUAAUCUCAGGCUUGUGUAUAAAAUCUUAUGGGUCAAAAGCAUUUGUUCCGCAAACUUCUUGGAUACAAACAGGCACAGUUAGAGAUAAUGUAUUGUUUGGAGAGGAAAUGGAUAGAGCUUCCUAUGAACAUGUUUUGGCAGCAUGUUCCCUGAACCAAGAUAUUGAGAUAUGGGGUGACGGAGAUUUAUGUAUGAUUGGGGAAAGGGGAUUGAACUUGAGUGGUGGACAAAAACAACGGAUCCAAAUGGCGAGGGCAUUGUUCAGCAAUUCUGAUAUCUAUUUGCUGGAUGAUCCUUUCAGUGCUGUUGAUGCUCAUACCGGGGCACAUAUGUUCAAGGAAUGCUUGAUGCAAAUCUUGAACAAAAAGACCGUGGUCUACGUCACACAUCAGUUGGAAUUCUUAGGUGCUUCUGAUCUUGUUUUGGUAAUGAAAGAUGGCAAAAUUGCUGAGUCAGGAAAAUAUCAAGAUCUCAUUGCAAAUCCUGAUGGUGAACUUACAAAACUAAUGGCGUCUCACAGAAGCUCUCUAAGUCAAAUGAACAAUCAAAAGAAAAUGAGCUUGGCAAAGAGUUCCCAGGCUAACCAAGUGGAAGUAAGCAGAAUUAAGUUUGUAGACCUCAGCAGAAGUAGCAAGGUUUCUGAACAGAGUAUGUCUGAUGAUACUGAAACCGGCAGAGUGAAAUGGCAUGUGUAUGCAACUUUUGUCACAUCUGCAUACAGAGGAGCGCUUGUUCCAGUCAUCCUAUUAUGUCAGAUCCUCUUCCAGGCGUUGCAGAUGGCGAGCAAUUACUGGAUCACUUGGGGAUCGGAACAAGUUGGGAGUGUGACAAAACCACAGUUGAUUGAGAUAUUUGGUUUUCUUUCUGGCGGAAGCUGUCUAUUUAUGUUGGGAAGAACUGCCCUACUGUCCACCAUUGCUAUUGAGACUGCCCAGCAGCUCUUCCUUGGCUUGAUAACCUCAGUUUUCCGGGCACCAUUGUCAUUUUUCGACUCAACACCUUCGAGCAUACUUCUAAAUCGAUCAUCAACAGAUCAAAGUACAGUAGAUACAGAUAUUCCUUACAGGUUAGCUGGACUAGCAUUUGCACUCAUUCAGCUAUUGAGCGUCGUUGCACUGAUGUCCCAUGUCGCAUGGCAGGUCUUCAUCCUCUUCCUUGUUGUCUUCGCCCUCUCCCUUUGGUAUCAGUCAUAUUACAUCGCCACGGCAAGGGAAUUGGCUCGAAUGGUUCCAAUCCAGCAAGCACCGAUACUCCAUCACUUCUCAGAAUCAAUAUCCGGUGCAGCAGUGAUCCGGUGCUUCAAUCAGGAAGCUCGGUUUUGGAAAAAGAACAUGGAGCUCAUAGACAACUACUCCCGCGCAUCCUUUCAUAACUCCGGAACAAUGGAAUGGCUUUGUGUUCGAAUUAAUUUCCUUUUCAAUCUUGUAUUUUUCCUCCUCCUCGUCAUCCUAGUCAGCCUUCCAAGAUCCACAAUCGACCCCAGCCUGGCAGGACUUGCAGCCACAUAUGGUCUGAACUUGAAUGUGCUCCAAGCUUGGGUGAUAUGGAAUCUCUGCAAUGUUGAAAACAAAAUGAUCUCCGUUGAGAGGAUUCUGCAUUUCAAAGAUAUUCCAUGUGAAGCUGCACUGGUCAUUGAAGAUUGCAGGCCAAAGAAAGGGUGGCCACACAACGGCACAAUCGAAAUCAAGAACCUCUACAUACAGUACAGCUUUGCUCUUCCAAAAGUUCUAAAGGGAAUCACUUGCACCUUUCCUGGUGAGAAGAAAAUAGGUAUCGUGGGAAGAACUGGCAGCGGGAAAUCGACUCUCAUCCAAGCGCUUUUCAGAGUUGUAGAACCUUCCCAUGGCUGCAUUGUGAUCGAUGGAUUGGACAUUUCGAAGAUAGGUUUGCAGGAUCUUAGAUCAAGGCUGAGUAUAAUCCCGCAAGAUCCAAUUCUGUUUCAAGGAACCCUGAGGAUGAACAUCGAUCCUUUGGAAGAACACUCGGAUCAAACGAUAUGGGAGGUUUUACGCAAGUGCCAUCUUUCCGAAACCAUGAAAGGAGACGAACAAUUAUUGGAUGCUCCAGUUGCUGAAGACGGCGAAAACUGGAGUGUUGGACAAAGGCAACUUGUCUGCCUAGCUAGAGUUCUCUUACAAAGGCGAAAAAUAUUGGUUCUGGAUGAGGCUACAGCUUCUGUGGAUACGGCAACCGAUAACUUAAUCCAGAAGACCAUAAGAGAAGAAACUGGUGGAUGCACUGUCCUAACAGUGGCUCACCGGAUACCUACAGUGGUCGACAAUGACUUAGUUUUGGUCCUCGGUGAUGGUAAGGUUCUUGAAUACGAUUCUCCUUCUCGGCUGCUCGGAGACAGUAAUUCGCAGUUCUCAAGAUUGGCGGUUGAAUUCUUGACAAGAUCAUCCACAGAGGAGGAUCGUAAGUGAAGACACAUGCACUCAUUAUUCGCGGCGCAAUGGAAGAACUGUGAGAGGAAAAUAACAGCGCGCCGAAUUGU